AUGGGCAACAGCGCCAAGAGAAAGAAGGAAAAGGCUAAGGACUUUGUCAAACCAAAGUUGAAGGUCGGCAAGGCCAAGGCCAAGCCUGACAACUUUACCGAUACGAGCUUCAAGUCCAAAGCAAUAACCCUAACCCAACAAUCCCUCACCCUCUCGGCCCCCAGCACCUCAUCCCAGUUCACCCACCACCUGUCCCUGCUCACUUCAAAAUCCGACUCCCAGCGCCGCGACUCCCUCGCCCACCUCACAACAACCCUAACCUCCCAACCCUCCCACCUCCCUCCCCCCCAACCCCUAAGCCUCAUGCUCCCCUCCCUCCUCCCACUAAUCCUCGACUCGAACGCCGCCGUGCGCGCAAACCUCCUCAAGCUCUUCCGCGCCUUGCCUCAAGCCGACGUCGCCGACCACGUCGCCACCCUGAUGCCGUAUAUCCGCGCGGGCAUGACGCAUCUUGCGGCCGAGGUACGGGUUAGUUCCGUGGAGGUGCUCGGGUGGUUGGUUAGUGUUGUGGGGGAAGAGGUGGCGGGCGUUGCGGGCGGGUGGGUCAAGACGCUGAACUGUUUCCUGAGUGUGCUGGGUUGGCAUGUCGCGGCGAAGAGCAAGUGGACGAGUCUGGCGACGACGGGGUCCUCGGGGUCUGUGACGCCGGCGCCGAAAUCGACUUCUUCUUCUUCGGCGUCGGGCGCGGGGAAAGCGACCUACGGUAAAGCUGGCGCGAAGGGACGGCCGCAGGUGCGGUUCUUGAGCGUGCUGGCGGAGUUCCUGGAUGCGGGGAUCGGCUCUGCACCUGCCUCUGCACACUCGCGCUCCUCCAGCGCGAUGGACAUGGAUACCUCCGACUCUGAGCACGAAAACGCAUACACGUCUACGUUCCCCAUCACGACAUUCCCCUCUCAUCUGAUACCCAGCUCAAUCGCGUCGCCGUAUCUGACGCUGAACCUGUUCGGGGCACCGCGCGACGAGGAAGGCGAGAUGUACGAGACGCGCGAGGACCGGUGGCGGGUUUUCGUCUCCCGCGGGUUCCUGGGCGCUGUUGAGAGGGGUCUUGAGGUUGCGAGGGGCGAGGGGGGAGAGGUUGGACGGGCUUCUGCGCUUGUUGGUAAGGUGCUUCGGAAUGCGAGGGGGGAGUUGGAGGGGGAUGGGAGUGAGGAUGAGUUCUAG